ACUCUUCCUGGGUCAUACAAAUGGGUAGCCUGAUGAAUUCCUUCCCAACCAUCGUGAUGUCUCUAAUUUAUGUUCCAUUAACCCAUCAAACAGACUCUAUCUGUAUGUUGCAAAGUCCAUAUGCUAAACAUUACGCAACGCUGAAUUUAUGUUACUGGGUGACGUCAUCGAGUGACACUGCAGAUAAUGGCGCAUUGGCAUGUAAUGUCUCUGGAGGUUUCAUGGCGUACAUGGAAGCGGGCUCUACCUUCCUUACUUUUAUAAGUGACAGUAUGGAUAAUCACUGGAGUCCAGGUACCGAUGUCUUUGUUGGCCUCAGGUCAUGGACAGAAAAUAAUCAGUUUACCCAAUGGGAUGGAGUACCUAUAUACACUUUUAACUGGGACUACACGAAUGGACAGCCUGAUGGUAUCGCACAGCUGGAAUUCUGCGUUGUGCUGUCUGUGACUUCACCACAUCCAUGGCAUAAUAGGAAGUGUGGCUCCACUUACCCAUCUCUUUGCUAUUGUGAGUUAGGAUCCCUAGAACAUCCUUGUGUACCACCGGGAAGUAGCGUGACUUCUACAACGUUGUCAAGUUCUUUGUCUACUUCAGCAACACCAUCAACACAAGUUACAAUCGUAUCUUCUUUUACAAGUACCGCUCCUACCACUUCGAUAAAUUCAAUGUCAACAUCUUUGAUUUCGUUAUCUUCAUUUUGUCCAACUGUCACAUCGACUCUAGCCGUCACAUCGACUCUGACUGUCACAUCGACUAUGUUGAUGACAAUUUACUUGAGUUCGUCCAUAACAACACCUUCAGCGUCCGGAUCUUGCUUAUGCACAGCAUUAUCAAAUUCAUCAUCCAACAUAACAAAUGAGGAUAUAGCGAAAUUGAAAAUUGAUAAAACGACUACGAGUCGUUAUCUAAGGAAGAAGUAUAGUGCGGGAGAUACGCGACCCCUGAGUCAGUUUAUGGGAAGUUCUGCUGUAAUCAUCAUCGUUGUCUACAUCGGCGCCAUUGUAAUCUGGGACUUGUUAGUCAUAGCACAACAAGUAAAAACCAAAUUUCACAAAUGCAUGAAGGGACUGCAACAAAAAUCUGCAAAAAUUGAACAUGGGAUGGGGUUGGAAUAA